CCCCCCCCCCCGCUCCUUCCUGCCGCCUCCGUCUCUUUGCGCAACUAUGCUUUGCCGCGUUUCCUCCGCCGUCGCCCGCGCGCAGGCUCGCCGCCUCUACUCGUCGACCACCCCGGUCAUCGCCCAGGCGGAGGCCGCGUCUGCCGGCAAGGCGACGGGCGUCCUCGCCCGCACGCAGAGCUUCGUCAAUGGCGGCUUCGUUUCUUGGGUUUGCGCCUUCGCCCUUGGUGCUGGCUUCGGCACGUUGGUCAACAAUGCCUACGCCGAGUCGGCCCCUCCGGCCCCCACCAUGCAGGAGAUCGCCCAGCUGGAGGCUUCCAUGGCUCUGCUGACCGGCUCGGUCGCCGCCCUUGGCAAUGAGUUCGCUGCCAUCCGCGCCCUCGAGCACCACGCCGUCCGCGCCGAGGACGUCAACGCCGUUUACAAGUCGAUGAGCGACAUGAAGCACCAGGUGGAGGACCGUCUGGCCGACAUCAACAAGGCCGUCCUCCAGGCCAAGGCCGCCCAGAGCGAGCUGAAGGCCACCCUGGCCGACCGGUCGCUGGAUAUGGCGCUCAGCAAGCUGGCCAAUGCCACGCCGGAGGAGGUGGCCCGGGCAUUUGCCGCGCAGCGCGAGGCCCUCCAGGCCCAGCAGGCCCAGCUCGAAGACACGCAGACCCACCUUCAGAAGAUUGGCAAGUCUGCCUGAGCAACAUGCGGCUCUUUACUUCCGCUCGUUGAUCUUCUUGCCGGUGUUCGGCAGGCCGUUCUUCGUCUGCUUGGCCUUGUUCGGGAGACGCUGUGCCAGACGCUCAAGGGCCUCGGCCUCCUGCAUAUCGGCCGCCGCCGCCGCCGCCGUCAUCACCGUCACCACCACACAUCCCAGGCGUGUGCCCAUUUUCACAUCAUCAAAUAGAUACGCCAAAUCAGCAAA